AGCCUCCGGCCCAACCUUCCCCGCGCCGGGUGCUGAGGCGCCGCGCGGCCCGCGUAGCCGACAGUCCUCCGGGAAGGCGAGGCCGAGCGCGGCGGCCAUGGAGGCGGCGGCGCGGAGGCGGCAGGUGCCGGGAGCGGCGGGCGGCCCGGGCGCCGCGUUCCUGCAGGCCAGGCACAGCUCCGUGAAGGCUGAGGAGACAGACCGCACGGCUCCCUUCCACUUUGAUCUCUGGUUCUACUUCACACUGCAGAACUGGGUUCUGGACUUCGGCCGCCCCAUAGCCAUGCUGGUGUUCCCGCUCCAGUGGUUUCCUCUCAACAAGCCCAGUGUUGGGGACUACUUCCACAUGGCCUACAACGUCAUCACGCCCUUCCUUCUGCUCAAGCUCGUCGAGCGUUCUCCCCGCACGCUGCCACGGUCUAUAAUCUACGUCAGUAUCAUCACCUUCAUCAUGGGAGCCAGCAUCCACCUGGUGGGCGACUCAGUCAACCACCGCUUGCUCUUCAGUGGGUACCAGCACCACCUGUCCGUCAGAGAGAACCCCAUCAUCAAGAACCUCAAGCCAGAGACUCUGAUCGACUCCUUUGAGCUGCUGUACUAUUAUGACGAGUACCUGGGCCACUGCAUGUGGUACAUUCCCUUCUUCCUCAUCCUCUUCAUGUACUUCAGCGGCUGUUUCACCACCUCUGGGGCUGAGAGCCACAUGCCGGGGCCUGCCCUGCUCCUGGUGGUGCCCAGUGCACUCUACUACUGGUACCUGGUCACCGAGGGCCAGAUCUUCAUCCUCUUCAUCUUCACCUUUUUUGCCAUGCUGGCUCUCGUCUUGCACCAGAAGCGCAGGCACCUCUUCCUGGACAGCAACGGCCUUUUUCUCUUCUCUUCUUUCGCCCUCACCCUCUUGCUGGUGGCCCUGUGGGUUGCUUGGCUGUGGAAUGACCCUGUACUCAGAAAGAAGUACCCUGGUGUCAUCUACGUCCCUGAGCCCUGGGCCUUCUACACUCUCCACGUCAGCAGUCAGCACUGAGGCUUACUGUGGGUACCAGACCACCACCGUGACGUGGGCCACCACAGUGCCACGCUGUGCACUGUGCACGCGGAUUGGCAGGAUACACCGUUGAGGGACUGGUUCUGGUCAGGGGGUUUAGGCUUGUUUGCUUGCUUGUACUUAGAUGGCGUUCACCGUGAAGCGGCCUGCCCCUGGGCCCUAGGUUUCUAGGUCACAUCUUCUUUUGUGCUUUGAACAGAGCAAAUCCAUCUCUGGGCUUUACCUGUUCUAGGGGGCUCAGUGGUCCCCACGUGGCUCUAUGGACUUGGGGUUAUGGAUCCCUUUGGGGGCAGCCUCAGCAAGGAGAGAGGUUCUGUCUGUUGCUGUGUCCCACCCUAAGCCUCGGAGAGUCUGAUCCUCGCAGUCUGUCCAACCUCCCAUGCCGCUCACAUGCUGUUUAGAACCCAGGCUCCAGGUCACUAUCAGCUAAGCUCUUGAAGCUGCCAUGUAGCUUUUGAGCUACAUGGAAGGCAGAGCUCUCAAGUCCUUGUUUUAGGAUUUCCUGAAACCGUUGUAAGGGUCUAGGACAUUACAAGUCUGUCUCACAAGACAGCGCAUCUCAACCUGAACCUCUUACCACCUGCCUGGUGCCUUGGUUCCCAGCAUGGUGGCUCCUGCCUCUCCCCGGCCCACCUCCUCCCGGGCCUCAGACACAGGUCUCCUUGGCACAAGGCUCCACCACCUCCUUUUGCAGCCAGCACUGGCCUGUGCUGUGAGUCUUGGGGACACUCUGUGCAUGGCCCUGCCUCUUUUCUGUUGUUCUCAGGGAACCCUGGGCCUCAGUUUCUCCUCUUUUGUUGUGGUCCUUCAAUGGGCUAGGCCAUGCUAGGUGGUGAGAGGUCUGAAUAAAGGCUGAUGUGAGCCCA